CUCCGCGCCCCGGGGAUGGACGGGGAACGCGCUGCCGCCGGCGGACCCGCGCUCCUCCCCUCCGGCCGAGGCCCGGCUGACUUCGUGGCUCUCCUCCCAGCGGAGGUCAGCUCCCGGAUUUUCAGCGACCUCGACGUUGAGAGCUUGUGUCACGCGUCCGCGACAUGCAAGGGCUGGCACCGCGUCAUCGAGAGCAACGACCGCCUAUGGAGGCACCACUGCCUGAGCGUGCGGGCUGUGUGCCAGCGGGAGAUCGACUGCGACCGAGGAAACGGAUAUUCCUGGAAGAUCACGUUACUGAGAAACUACUGGAAAAGCAAAGUGAAGCAAGAAUGGCUGAGUGGGAAAUACAGCAACAUUCCUUCACGGAACAGCUUGCCAGAGAAAAGCAUGUAUCCCAUGGAUGUUGACACAUGGGGAGAAAUCCUGGAAGCAGAACUUGAGAGAUGAAAAACCAGUGCUUGUUCUAGCAACUUAAGAACCUCUUGUUCUAGCAACUUAAGAACCUUCUAUCAACAAGUCACAGACUGCCAAACUGUAAAUAUUUUGCUGUUCAAAAUCAGUUGUUUGCAAACAUAUGAUGAAGGCUUCUAAAAAAAAAAAAAGUUAUGCAUAUUUUUUAUUUGCACUUUAUCUGAUUAUUUUUCUGUAGAAUUCUAAGUAAGACUAAAUAUUCAGUUGUUAUUUUAUAUGUGUAAAUUUAAUGUUCUGCCGUAUUGUCAAAAAGAUGUUGAUUGCACUUUU